AUGCCGGUUGUCAAAGGUGGAGUCUGGACGAAUAUUGAGGAUGAGAUCGUGAAGGUAGCUGUGUCCAAAUAUGGCCUGAACCAGUGGGCGCGAGUAUCUUCUCUUCUUGCCAGGAAGACGCCGAAACAGUGCAAAGCACGGUGGGCAGAAUGGCUGGAUCCCGCUAUCCGUAAGAUCGAGUGGUCUCGAGAGGAAGAUGAAAAGCUGCUGCAUCUGGCAAAGUUGAUGCCCACGCAAUGGCGAACGAUCGCACCUAUUGUUGGAAGGACAGCAACCCAAUGCUUAGAGCGUUAUCAAAAGUUACUAGACGAGGCAGAGGCUCGUGAAUCUGAUGAGCUGGGCCUGGGCGGACCUGCUGGGGGUGAAACAGCGGCCCCAAGUGCCGAUGACGUUAGAAGACUACGACCAGGUGAACUGGAUCCCGACCCCGAAUCCAAACCGGCUCGCCCCGAUACCAUCGACCUUGAUGAGGACGAAAAGGAGAUGCUCAGUGAGGCGCGUGCCCGUCUGGCAAACACACAAGGAAAGAAGGCAAAGAGGAAAGCCCGGGAACGUCAACUGGAAGAGUCGCGCCGCUUUGCGGUUCUGCAAAAGCGCCGUGAGUUGAAAAAUGCAGGUAUUAACAUUAAGGUUGUCACCCGCAAAAAGGGCCAAAUGGAUUACAACGCGGAUAUCCCCUUCGAGAAAAAAGCUGCACCUGGUUUCUACAAUACUUUGGAAGAGGAAGCUAGAAAUGAACGGCAACGAGAGUUGUUUGAUCCUAGGAAACAACAAGUUGCUAGUAAACGGAAAGGCGAUCAAGACGAAGACGCCGAAAGAAAGAGAAGGAAGAAUGACAAAAGCGGCAAUUCUGCCUUCGCAGCAGCUGCAAAAGCUGGCCGGAUGCAGAAACUCCGAGAAGCAGAACAGAGUAGUAAGCGGCGCUCCCUAGUGCUCCCUGCUCCUCAGGUCAGUGAAGCCGAACUUGAGGAGAUCGUGAAGAUGGGUAUGGCUGGAGAGCGAGCUAGUAAAAUGGCCGGCGAAGAGGAAAAUGAUGGCACGCGAGGGUUGAUCGGCAACUAUUCCACAAUUGUUGGUGGAACUCCCAUUCGGACCCCCAAGGCACCGGUUGAAGAAGAUCGCAUCGCCAACGAAAUCCGCAACAUCAAGGCCUUGACAGAAACACAAUCGUCUUUGCUGGGUGGAGAAAAUACGCCGUUGCAUGAAGGUGGUGGAUCUACUGGGUUUGAAGGAAUUGCUCCUCGAAAACAUACACUUGUUACGCCGAAUCCCAUGGCGACUCCAUUCCGACAAGCUGGUGCUAACGGAAUAGGCGCCACCCCUAUGCGCACGCCAAUGAUACCAGGCGCUACUCCACUACGUACACCUAGAGACAAUUUUGCUAUCAAUGCAGAUGCAAUGGGAUCUCUUGUCGGUAGCACACCCAAAGAAAUGAGGGUUCGUGAAGACUUUUUGCGGAGACAGCUACGCAGUCAACUUGAAAGCCUUCCAGCGCCGAGGGAGAUGGAGUGGGAACUGGAGGAAAUGCCAACGGAACAAGCGGAACCGACUAGCACGGUGGAACUUUCCGAAGAAGACGCAGCAGAACGGGAUAGGAGAAAUAAAGCUAAAACUGAAAAGGCAGCUGAAGCAGAAUUUAAACGACAAACUCAAGUGUAUCAACGAGGGCUGCCGCGACCUAGUGUGAUUGACUUGGAUGCCUUGAUUGAAAAAUCCAAGGACGCUACAGAUCCUAUGCUAUACAUGAUCACUCAAGAGAUGGUCACUCUUAUCGCUCAUGAUGCAUGUAAAUUUCCCUUACCAGGUUCCAGAAUCCAAGGGAAAGCUCCAAAACUGGCCCCCAUUUCCGAUACACAGCUCGCCAAAGCGCGUGCAGCAAUUACCGAUGAAAUAGCUUCCUUUGACCCCAGGCAAGAUUGGCAAGACGGUUUCGCGACAGCAUGGACAUCUUUCCACAAAUCCUCUAGCCUCCCAGGGCUUUCUCUUUACACGGAUAACGAUGACCAUGAGAUGCAAGAACAGCAGAUGGUGGCUGCUUUCGAAAAUGUGCAGGCCUCACUUCUUGCCACUGCAGAGGAGGGAAACAAACUAGAAAAGAAGAUUGCGCUUCACAACGGCGGAUACCAAGCUCGGGCAAAAACGCUUAGGACGAAGAUUGUUGAAGCUAGCGAAGCUCUUGAAAAGGCCAGAUUCGAGUUGGACACCUUCCGAACACUUCAGCUUGCCGAGGAAUCGGGCAUUGGCCGGAGGCUCGAGGGUCUCCGCGAUGAAGUUACGUUCAUCACUCGUCGGGAGCGAGAGGCGCAGGAACUGUACAUGUCGCGAAAGGAAGAACUGGAGUCUCUGCAGAGCAACGCGGUGAAUGGGUGGCAUUAG